AUGGCGCACUCGUUAGAAGCUAUUCAAGAGAUAACCUCUAGAUUCUCGGAAAUCAGCAAAGCCUUUGGACUGCAAAUCAAUAUCCAUAAAACAGAAUUGCUUUAUCAACUGAGUCCAAAUAACCGAAACAGUGAGCACAAUGCACAAAAGAUUGUGAUCAUAGAUGGUGAAGUCCUGAAUACCAUGCACAAAUUCAAAUAUCUUGGCAGCUACAUUUCGGAUGACAACAAAGUUGACACAGAAAUUUCUGAUCGCAUACAAAUGGUGUCUGCAGCUUAUGGAAAAUUGAAGAAGAGACUGUGGGAUAGUUAUGACAUCUCCUUAACAACUAAAUUUGCAGUCUUCAGAGCAGUGAUACUACCUGCCUUGUUGUACUCCAUGGAAACGAUGCCUCUUUACCGGCGACAUUUCAACAAACUGACCAAUUUCCAAUUAAGACAUCUUAGGCAAAUGCUUAAGCUCCAUUGGUCAGAUAAGAUCCCUAACAUGGAAGUCUUGAGAAGAGCUGGAAUGCCCAGCAUAGAGGCAUUGGUUACAAAAGCGCAAUAG